GCGGAGGAAUCUCUCAGUUUUUCUACGACCGCUGACGACAACGCAACACACGUAACGUGGGGACUGCGGAUCGCUGGACAAUCGUUACCAUUCGUGUUCCAUCAAUAAUAGUGCGUUGAUUACAAAAAUAGCCCGAUGGAGGUGAUCCCUUGCUACACCUAGUGCGGAAAUUCGUGUGUAGUACAUGGGAAAAGUUUUCCGUUCCGCUAAUACGUUUUCAUCGCAUAGUUUGACCGCGACGCGUCCAGUUUGUUUCGAUUUCACGUUUGUAGGUGUUGGAUUUUUGCGAGCAAGUACGCGUUUUUUGUUCGGAGGGAGAGAUGUGAUUAGUGGGUGAUUGGAUUAGCCGAGGAAAGAAGGAAGGAACACCGUUUGUGUGUAUAUAUUCUGCGGAUCUAGUUGAACAUAUGUGAUGAGAAAAUAAGGUAGGCGAGGUGUUGUGCAGAGGUAUAGUUUUCUUCGUGAAUAUGGAUCAGGCAAAAGUGGAUCGGCACCAACAGGAAGAAGGACGAUUGUGGCAGUGCUAAAGUGAGAAAAUAGGAGAGCUUUUCUGUACGGUGAAAAAAAUUCUGCCAAUGAAGGCAGCCAGUUGAGUGAAGGUUUUAUUUUGAACGUGCAGAAGACUUUCAUGUCAUUCUCCAUCGCGUUCGGAGGAUGAUACAUAGCAGAAAAGGAUAAAUGUGCCACAUCCUUUGUACUUCCGAGUGAAUUAUUUCUCCGACGUUUGGCAAACCAGGGCACACAGUUGAGGGGGUGUUGGAUCAGAAGUUUGUUUGUUCCUGUACUGCACGCAUGCAUCAACAACUGGUUCACAUGUGAUACCAACGGAGCGAUUUAUGGCACAGUUUUUGUUUCUCUCUUUUCAGGUUUCUCUUUGGUCGUAGUUACAGGGCGCUGCACUCGGAGACGGUGCUACAUUCGGAGAUCGACUAGCAGAUUAUUAGCUGCAGAUGACCACAAUUGCAGCAUCAUAAAAGGGCGCACAAUUUCAUGAAAGAGCAGUUGUAUCCUUUGCUGGCGAGAGGAAGCGGAAAGCAAGCAACCGUUCGCGAGAAGUCCAAAAUGAAAUUUAAUGAUAUUGUAAAUGUUUUAUGCUACAAACUGGUGCUGAUUGUACAUUUAACAGAUGGCAAACUGGUGCACGAGAAGGACAAACACGAACCCUACAGCGUGGAAGGCGUGGAAGGGCGCAGUAUCGAGUUACAAUGCCCAAUUACCGUCCCACUGUCCGAGGUGAGCAUGGUCCUCUGGUUCAAAGACAGCGCUGGAAUUCCACUGUACAGCGUGGAUGUACGUGACAGGAUCGCCCGCCAGCCGGCGCACUGGUCUGCUCCGGAAGUAUUUGGAUCACGUGCCAAGUUCAAUAUUGAUAAAUCACCUGCAUCGCUGCUGAUAAAGAACCUGAAACGACACGACCAAGGUGUAUAUCGCUGCAGGAUAGACUUUCGAACGAUACAAACGCAAACAUAUCGCUAUAAUUUAUCAGUCAUAGUGCUACCGGAGCAACCAGUGGUUCUGGACCGCUGGGGUCGACUAAUGAAUGGAACCAAAAUCGGACCUAAGGAGGAAGGAGAUGAUAUUGUGAUCACAUGUCGCGUUUCCGGAGGUCGACCACAGCCAGAGGUGAGAUGGCUUAUAAACGGAGUCAUCGUAGACGACCAGUAUGAACAUAACUCCGGUGACAUAAUCGAGAAUCGACUUCUGUGGCCGACAAUUCAGCGUAGCGAUUUGAACUCCAUAUUCACCUGUCAGACAAUGAACACAAGACUGGUUGAAGCGAAAGAGACGAGCUACGUGUUGGAUUUGCACUUGAAGCCACUUUCGGUGGCACUGAUCGAUCCACCGGAAGCAAUCGUAGCGGACAAACGCUACGAGGUAUCUUGCCAGAGCACUGGCUCGAGACCAAAUGCCAUCAUCACCUGGUACAAGGGCAAACGUCAAAUGCGUCGUGCGAAGGAUGACAUUCUCAGCCAUAAUACGACAAUUUCGACGCUUAGCUUUUCACCCAGCACAGAGGACGACGGGAAAACGCUCACAUGCCGAGCGGAAAACCCUAACGUAAAUGGGUUGUUCCUCGAAACCACGUGGAAAAUGAACGUUGUCUAUCCACCGAUAGUAUCAAUCCAGCUGGGAUCAACACUAGCCCCGGACGAUAUAAAAGAAGGCGAUGACGUUUAUUUUGAGUGCCACGUCAAAUCCAAUCCGAUCUGGAAGAAGUUGCUCUGGUUUCACAAUGACACGCUGCUGCUGCAUAACGCUUCCGCUCGGAUUAUUCAAAGCAAUCAAAGCCUGGUGCUGCAGAAAGUAGUGAAACAGUCGGCCGGAUAUUACGCUUGCAGUGCAAUCAACGGUGAAGGGGAAACUGUCAGCAAUCAGCAGUUUCUUCGGGUGAAACAUGUUCCGAUGUGUGCCGGCGAAAAAGUCGUCCUAAUUGGUGCAUCGAAAAACGAAAAUGUGGAAAUUUUAUGCGAAAUUUAUUCCGAUCCACCGGCCAGGUCGUUUCACUGGCGCUUCAAUAAUUCUGCGGAGAUACUGGAAGUCGACCCGCACCGAUAUUCAAACCAUGGAAACUUUAGCGUGCUGCAGUAUACCCCAGUCACGGAACAGGAUUAUGGCACACUUACAUGUUGGGCUUCUAACGAAAUCGGUACCCAAAGCGAACCAUGCCACUUUCAAGUUAUUUUUGCAGAUUAUCCAUCUCCGGUAAGCAACUGCACGCUGUACAACCGAACGCAACAGUUUGCCGAGAUUCAGUGUGCGCCUGGAUAUGACGGAGGUCUACCGCAAAUGUUUGUGCUGGAAUUAGUCUCCAAGUUCACCGGAACCAGAAGAUUUAAUUUUUCGAACAAGCACGAACCGUAUUUCAUUCUGGACCGGCUGGAAAAGCUUUCCGCCCUCAUGUCGCUGGAAAACAAUACACUCUCAUGUGUGGUGUAUGCCAUCAACCAGAAAGGAUCGAGCCGUGGUGUAAUCAUUCCUAAUUUCGAAAUUGGCCACAUGCACCCGUUACAAGCAGCGAGCAAACACUCGACCGAAUGGCUUCCAAUUGCUCUUGGCAUCCUGCUUACCCUCAUAAUAUUGGUUCUCUCAAUUCGAACCAAAGCGUAUCUCGGCCAGUGCUGGUCCAACUGCCGGCGGGGGGAAAACAAACGGACGGAUAUGAAAAUUGCACAACAAACAAAAAAUAUUGUGAUAUCCAACGAUUUCGAGUGCGGAACCAAUUGUUUGAAGCUGAAAAACGUGCAAACCCACUCUCAUCACCAGCAGCAUCGGAAUAGCUUGCGGAAGAAAAACAGCUCUAAAGAGUCCAACGAUGACGAACCGGAUCCAGAUGUCAUCCCGGCGCAGUUUAAUAUCAUAUCUUCCUCUCCUAUGAUAUCAACCCCAAUACUGACUAACAGAAGCAAAGGCGACAGCUAUCCGUUCGCUGACUUCACCACAAACUCGUACUACCACAACCCGAUAGAUCUGACGAACCUCGGCAGCAGCGUGGGACGGGAACAUUCGGACAUGAUGAACCAUCCCGUGACGAGCGCCCUCGAGAGUACCAGUGGGAGUCUGCCGCCCAUCACUGUGCCAAGUGCAGCAACCGUUCCUAUCAGCAGCGGAUCAGAGCUAGAUAUCAACAUCAUUAAGGAUCGGCUCAUGACGACCCGGGUGCCGGAGAGCUGUGUUUGACCGGUUGCAGCAGCUUUCGCAAGCCAAACGUUACAUUUAAGGAAAUCCAUGCGAGCGUUGGCUCGUUAUUUUGUAUCAUAGUCUGUGGAUGCAGUGAGAAACCGCAACAUAUCUCUUUUGGCUCGACAUUGUUUAAAUCUUUUCGUCCUGUGUAAACCGAUGCGGGAAUGUAUAUCAUUUUCUAUGCAUUGCAGAAUAAACUCUUGCAAACUGUUUUAUGAUGCGAAUAAAAUAUGAUGUUCGGAUUUUUAAA